UCCUAAGCUUCUGAGCCAUAGAAAUGAGUCAAAUUGAUAAAAGAAAAAUGUGCUUCCCGAGACCCCAAAUAUAUCUUCCUCAAAAUUGGUUUGUUUUGGGAAUAUUUGUUUGCUGAAGAUGAGUCGGAGGGCGUGAAAAAAGAUAUUAAUUUUUGGCAUUCAUGAGUUUGAGCUUAGGAAGAGAAAUCUUACAAUAGAAUAGAAUAGAAGAGAAGAGAAUCGGAGGGUAAUGGAAGGAUUGGAUGGUUUGAUAGAGAGGCUUUUGGAAGUAAGGAAGAACAGGGGGAAACGGAUUCAACUGGUGGAGUCAGAAAUUCGGAACCUUUGCAGCACCGCUAAAGAUCUGUUCCUAAGCCAGCCGAACCUUCUGGAAUUGGAGGCUCCCAUAAACGUGUGUGGGGACAUACACGGGCAGUAUCCAGACCUGUUGCGACUGUUCGAGUACGGUGGUUUUCCGCCGGAUUCCAAUUAUCUAUUCCUGGGAGACUACGUGGACAGAGGAAAGCAGAGCGUGGAGACCAUAUGUCUGCUCCUGGCCUACAAGAUCAAAUUCCCAGAGAACUUCUUCCUUCUCCGAGGAAACCACGAGUGUGCCUCCAUUAACAGAAUCUACGGCUUCUACGACGAGUGCAAGCGCAGAUUCAGCGUUCGUCUCUGGAAGAUAUUCACAGACUGCUUCAACUGUCUCCCCGUCGCCGCAGUCAUCGACGACAAGAUCCUCUGCAUGCACGGCGGCCUUUCCCCGGACAUGGACAGCCUCGACCAAAUCAAAGCCAUAGAAAGGCCUGUGGACGUCCCCGACCAGGGUCUCUUGUGUGACCUCCUCUGGGCCGAUCCUGACUCCGACAUCCGAGGCUGGGGCGAGAACGACAGGGGCGUCUCUUACACCUUCGGCCCCGACAAGGUUGCCGAGUUCUUGAAAAAACACGAUCUCGACCUCAUUUGCAGGGCCCACCAGGUGGUCGAAGACGGCUACCAAUUCUUCGCCGACAGGCAGCUCGUCACCAUCUUCUCAGCCCCCAACUAUUGCGGCGAGUUCAACAACGCCGGCGCCCUCAUGUGCGUCGACGAAACUUUACUCUGUUCCUUUCAGAUCAUCAAACCCUUGGGCUUGCGAGGAAAAUUCACAUGACAACACAACUUCAUUAUCCCACCACACUUUCUCUACCCAUUCAUCGCUUCAAACAACCCACACACCAAUUUUUUAUUUUUCACCCUUCAAAACACUGUAUAUAUCCCUCUAUCUAGGCACCACAUCACCCAUCUCUCCCUUAUAUAUCGCGCUUUCGUUCUCUUAUCCACGCAACUUUAUUAGGAUUAGUGCUUUUACGUUGAAGUAAUCCUCUUCGAGUAAUCUGUACCAGUAGUGGUAGAUAGUAGUAUCGUUUCAUUUUCUUAUUUAUGGACUUCUAUAUAUCCUUUUCUGAAACUUGUAUAGAAGAUUUUCUAUUAACAGUGCACUUUCCACUGCUUUAGGUGCACUCUACUUCUUGUAUAUCAU